AUGCUUACCUCAUUUGCUAAAUUUGGUAAGUCAGCAGACCACCACGCACCGCAACUACGGGUCACAAGGGUUUUUAUAGGGACCUCACGACCUGCCUCGCAGACCAACAAUCGCACAGAUCUUGAUAUGGGGCUAGUUCGUUUGUGGUCGCAAUGUACUCUCGUUCCUGAUCAUUUUUGGACUUUUGGCUGUGAUCCAAAAUGGCUUCAUUGUCCUCUCAUUGUCCUACGCGCCAUGAUCUCCGAGGAGGACGUCGUGCUUGUAGAACAACACAGUCUUCAGCUGGGUACACAUUGGAUAUUGCCACUUCAUGAUACUGGUUUACUUUAUGGAGCGAUGCAGAGCUGUCUGCGAAAAGCAGGUCUACAGAACGACGUGAGGAUUAUGGAAAUACCAAUAGCGGGCCUCAACCGUCAGCUAGUACGUAAUCGUAUGACCGACUCAACACGACUCCCAUCUGCGUGGUUUGCCCGCAUGGCAGAGACAGAGAUCGCAUAG